AAUACCACAUGGGACAGAAGUAGGCAUAAUAAUUGAUCGACGAUUUGACAGCGUCAAUAAAGAAAAAAAUCUGCCUAAAAGUUUAGAUUUUAACGUGUGUUUAGUUGCUCUUGAUUUACAUUUGGGUUAAUACGCCUUGUCGCAACUUUCGAUGACAUCUUGGUAAAUAACAAAGCUCUGUUUAGAUCAUGGUGGAAAAUUCUCCCUCUCCUCUGCCUGAGAGAGCCAUUUAUGGGUUUGUCCUGUUCCUUGGCUCACAGUUUGGCUUCUUUCUGUAUUGCAUGUGGGCAUUUAUACCAGAGGAGUGGCUUCACUCAAUAGGGCUCACUUACUGGCCUCAAAAGUAUUGGGCUCUUGCUGUACCGAUCUAUCUACUGGUUGCAUUGGUGAUAUCUUUAGUGCUGCUGUUUGGAGUUAACAUGAACAAUACGGCUCCACUCGACUCUGUGGACAACAUCACAGAUGUGUACGCUCAAGCCCAGAGGACACAAGACUGCCACAAGGGGGGGAUACCCAGACUGAAAGAUGUUUCCAUUAGUGAAGUCAACAACAUGUUCUAUUUGUCGCCCAAGCUAUAAAAAAACUGAGGAACUGAGAAGAAGAGAAGCUGCAGGAGAUUUAUUACGUCGUCACUGUUUACCCUUUGUUUCAUUAAAAAAAAAUACUUUUAUUUAUUUAUCCAGGAACAAUGCAACAUGUGGAAAAUCUUUUACGCACUAAAAUAAGUGUGUGAUAUA